GAAAAGUGUCGUCUCUGGCAGUAUUGAAAUUUGAAAACAGACGGAAGCAGGAUCCAACAGAAAGCAACGCAAACCAAUGGCGCCCACUCUUUUCUCCCAUCUCCAAACAUAUCUUUCACUUGUACUGCUAUAAAUCUCCUUUUCUAUGGAAUAAAAAUUCCGAUUCAAUUGCAGGAAACAAUAUGUCGUCGGCCGGAAAAUACAGUUUCACAAAAUGCACCGUCAUUUUCUCUUUUCUAUGCCUUCUCGCCAUCGCUACCACGCUCCAUUUCCACUGGGCAUCACUUUCUUCCGUCUACUUAUCAUCCAUCGCAUCCACACAGAAAAACCACGUCGUUUUGGUCCCCAGAUCUGCCAAUGUAAACCAACCACAGAUAGAGCCUCCAGAUAAUGAGCAAGUGCACAACAAUGUGAACCAUAUGCCUGAACGGGUAUUAUCAGCUACGUUUGCGGAUUUAUCCGCACCAGAAUUGAACUGGGAGCAAAUGCCUACAGCUCCAGUGCCGCGUUUGGAUGGUUCAGCGGUCCAGAUCAAGAAUCUUCUAUAUGUUUUCUCAGGAUAUGGAACCCUCGACUAUGUACACUCACAUGUUGAUAUCUACAACUUCACCGAUAACACGUGGAGCGGUAGAUUCGACACUCCGAAAGAAAUGGCGAAUUCUCAUCUGGGAAUGGCGUGUGAUGGGCGAUAUGUGUAUAUAGUGUCUGGUCAGUAUGGGCCCCAGUGUAGGGCUCCCACGACUCGUUCGUUCGUUCUCGAUACCAAGACAAGAAAGUGGAAGGACUUCCUAUCAUUACCUAGUCCAAGGUAUGCUGCAGCAACUCAAAUCUGGAAGGGAAGAUUGCAUGUAAUGGGUGGGAGCAAAGAGAAUCGGCACACGCCUGGCACAGAUCAUUGGAGCAUUGCAGUGAAGAAUGGUAAAGCACUCGAAAAUCAAUGGCGGACAGAAACCCCUAUACCUCGAGGAGGCCCUCACAGGGCUUGUGUUGCUGUUGGUGAUAGGCUUUUUGUGGUCUAUGGGGAUGUUUAUAUGCUGGAUGUGGAGAAUAAGUGGAAAGUAUUGGCCCCCAUGCCCAAACCAGACUCUCACAUAGAAUCCUCUUGGAUACUACAUAACAACUCCAUCAUCAUUAUGGGAGGCACCACAGAGAAAAACCCAGUCACCAAAAGGAUGAUAUUGGUUGGGGAGGUCUUCCAGUUACACUUGAACACACUGCAAUGGUCGGUGAUUGGGAGGCUCCCAUAUCGAAUAAAAACCACUUUAGCUGGAUUUUGGGAUGGCUAUAUAUAUUUCACAUCUGGACAACGAGACAGAGGUCCUGACAAUCCACAGCCAAGGAAAGUCGUGGGAGAAAUGUGGAGAACCAAGCUGAGUUCAGUCAUAUGAGAUGACUAACCAAACCCCCAAUUUUCUCAAUCUUUCAUCCUCAAUUUUUUAUUUUUAACCACUGGUAGAGCUGCUGAUUGUCUCGUUAUACACUUUCAACAUAUACUUUCAUUGUUGAGGGGAGUCUUUAUUUAGUUUUUAGUUUUCACAACUGUUGGUCCGCAGCCUAACAGCAAAAUUUGUAUUUAAUCAUUGUGU